UAAAACUUGAACUGGCGCAAAGAAAGAGCAGGUACGUAACAAGAUCCGCCUUAUCCACCCUCGCCUCGUUAAAAAUGAGAAACAUCAGGGCAGAGAAAUGAAGCGACAGAAUGGCGGGCAAAUUUUUUGGUUUCAUCGCUGCGAUUGUGUUGAUUGUACUUCAGUCGGGACAGGAGGUGUUGGCAAGCGGAACACCUCAACCGGAACAGAUUCACAUAUCCAGCACAGGUGGGGAAAAUUACUGUGAUGUCUUUUUGUUUGAACUUCAGUCUCUGUCAGCGUUGUCACGGGUAACUCCAAACCAAACUACCGGAGCAAGGCAAAGAUGAAAGCGCUUCUUGUACCAUUUGAUCGAUUAGUCUCUGUAUUUAGGUGACUGGAACGUGAAUGAAGGUUACGGAAUGCGAUUAAAAAAAAAUCUCUUAACAAUAUGGCGCCGUACAUUUCAUAAUCCAUAACACUCAGCUAACUUUCCCAAUUUUACAACAAAGAUACUUGAAUCAAGGCUUUGUGUAACCUUAAAUAUUAGAAACAGUUGAAAACUAUAUUACGGUAAAUACGGGACCAUAUUUAUGGUUGAAGUUUCUCUCUACGGCGACAGACUGUUUAUUAUAUUUGUCAAAACAUCAGACAGGUUUUUAGUUAAAAAAUUGAAGGAAAGGUUCAGAGAUAUAUUUUAUAUUUCACGCUUGUGUCAUAUUGAACUUUUUUAAAUGCGAGACAAGAUAUAUAACUACGGCCUAAAUUUACUUCUGCUCAGAGAUUUCAAGACAUUGUUCUGAAUUUGGUUGGAAUUUGACUAAAGCCGACAAAGCGUAUUACAUAAUGCGUGGGUUCGUCCAGAUUGUGAAAUGCUAAAGGAGAAGCACGGGAAAAGCGACGCGUGAACUUUGGUUUGCCAUUUCUUAUAAUCCUUGUUAGAAACAGAAGUUAUAAACAUGCACAAGCACGGAAAUAAAAGCACACAAAACUUUCUUAUUUGCUUUCCUUUAUUUUUAUUUCGGAAAAAAUUAAAACAGGGACUUUGUCUCUCUGCCGGAGUACAUUAAUCAGUCCUUCGGUUAAUCUACUUCUCACGGUUAUAUUGCACUUGACGAAACCUCAACUUUGUCUCUCUAAGAAGACUUGUGUUUCUUGGUUCCACUAUAUCAUUGAAGUCUCGGUUGCGUUCUUUUGCAAAAUUUGUAACCAUUCUUUAGAAAGGUAUGGGGUAGAAACUAUUUUGAGAGUAGAGAAAUGUGCACGCCCAAAAUAUCCAUGAAAAUCUUUCAGGUGACCCCACAGAAAUGAUGAUCACGUGGGUGACGAUGGCCGAGUCAGUUAAGAGCGUUGUGGAGUAUGGGGAGAGGUACAAACUACCGCUGAACAUGAAAACAUUCGGUUCUGCUACCAAGUACAAAGCUUGUGGCUGGAAGAAGCGGAUCAUUUAUAUGCAUCGAGUCAAGCUCGAAGGAUUGACUCCGGGUUCUGGAUAUGGUAAGGAUUUCUUUGUUGCUACCUUAAAAAAUUUUCAAUUUCGAACAAAUAACAAAAUAACUAGCAGUUCCAAUCAGAAAAGGUGAAGGUAAAGCACUUUACAAUUAUUGAUAGAUCAAAGUGAUCAGCGGGAAAUUAUAACGAAAAUCGCAGGAAAGCGUCGACAACCGAGUUGUGAUUAGUCCUAAACUUCCUUCUGGUUGGUUACGUGGAUAGUGCAAGCUUUUUAAACCAAUGAAAGAGUGAAGAGAGUGAAUUGAAGCAAAUCCGACGAAGUCCCAGACCUUUUUCGACAUUAACCUCUACCUGUAGCUGGUUUUUUCUUUUUCUUUUAAUCACAUUCUAACUGUUACGAAUUCAAAUACUUUUUUUUGUUUCCUUAGAUUAUCGAGUUGGCAGCUCAGAUGGCUGGAGCGCCUUGUACAAUUUUAACGCCACAAAAGCUGGAACGGCCUGGCAACCGAGAUUUGCCAUAUAUGGAGAUCUAGGAGUAGACAACGCCCAGUCUCUCUCCAAGCUACAGAAGGAGGUUCAGGGAGGACAAUACGAUGCCAUUUUGCACGUUGGUAUGGACAUCUACAUCCACACAAAACUGCACAUCGCAACUGAUGCUAAAAGGAGGAGAAAACAGGCCAUAGAAUCAAGCCUAGAAUUUUUUCUGAUAUCUGAUAACAUACUUUGUAGAGGCCCAACCUUCUCGUGUUCCCGGUCACGAUUUCAGCUCACACUAUUCUUUUAAACUAGCUGUACACAUUUUUAACUUUUUCUUUGAUUGUUCCUUUUCUAACUUCUUCUGCAGGCGACUUUGCUUACAAUAUGGAAUCAGUGAGUAGAAAAAAUAUUCUUGUUAUUGUAUGCAAGUAAUUUAAUUGCCAAUAAUUGGUAAUUAAUCUAAUUAACUGCGUGAUUUUCCACUUCUACCUUGGAAAAAGAUUCUCUAUGGUUUUUCAUUUGUGUCUUUUUGCCUGUUGAGUGGACCCCGAUCAAUAUUAUUUACACAUCAGUAGGGAUUGUGUGUGUAAAAACUAUUACCCACUUUUCAGGAUAAUUCACAAGUAGGAGACAGGUUUAUGAAUCAAAUAGAGCCGAUGGCCGCGUACGUUCCUUACAUGACGUGCCCUGGGAACCACGAACAAGCUUGGUAAGUUUCCGCAUGACUUCAUUUACAACAUUUGUGAUCGAACUGAAGAUUCACUUUCAGGUUUUUUUUCAUUUAAUCAACGCCCAGCUCUAUUAUAGUUUCACUUCUGUUACCGCGCUCACCAUUUAUAAAACGUUAUAUGAUUCCAACUGAAUUAACGGUGCCAAUCAGUGCAAAGACCAAAGCAAGCCAUGAUGACCACAAAUGCAGAUAUAAUUCUUAAUUCAUGUUGUCAGAUUUGCAAUUUUGUGUAAGAGGAGUCUUUUGUGAGUCUCACUACAAAAUUGGUCAUAUAUCUUCAAAUAAUUGGAGUUUUUAUCUAAUUUUUUCUGUUAAGAGAUCAAAAAUUAGACAUACCUGUACAUUCGUAAAUACAAUAUUAACUAGUGACUUGGACUAAAUUUGUACACCGAGCCGUUUUGAAAUAUCCGCAAUAAGUGUGGUGCUUCCUUACCCAGAAGGAAUGAGCAAGUCUAGCUACAGGAGUCAUUUGAACUUGGUGCUCUUGUACUCAUUUUCAAUUAGCAACCCAAUGUUAAUUUUACAAGUACGAAUAUCUCAGUCUUAUCCGCGUUUCUCUUUUUUUUUGUGAGAAAAAACCUCUAAAACAUCCUAGUUAUUUUCACGCUUCUUUUUACCUCCAGUAACUUUUCCAACUACAGAGAGCGUUUCAGUAUGCCUGGUGACACAGAAGGAAUUUAUUACAGGUAGGAUGCCGCCAUUGCGCAUGCGUCAGUUUGUCUUGUUCACCUGACAACCCCUAAAUUUGUCGUGUUUCUAAAUCUUAGUCAGUGCCUUUUUUGACUUUUGAUUUGAUCCAACUGAUCGCAUAUGAUAUCCAACGUAAAAUGUGUUCAUUUUCUCUCCCUUGUUCAGUUGGAACAUUGGACCAGUACACAUCAUAAGUUUUAGUACAGAAUUGUACUACUUCCUUGAAUAUGGCAUGGAACCUCUUGUUCGGCAAUACAAGUGGCUUCAACGAGAUUUAGAGGUACCAGUCUCCUUUUGCUAUCCACUUCAGCUGAUCAUAAAGCUCUUUGAGGGCCGUUAUUUAUACUAGUUAUAAAACAUUUUCGGAUGGUAUUCAUGGGAAUUUCCCCCGAGUCACUCAAAAAAGCACGAGAAAAGUGGAAUAUUUCAUAGUUUUUUGUUGCAUACUUAUUUUCUACAAUGCCACGAGAAAAAACAUGUAAAAAUAUAAUCAAGACGAAAUACGCGGAGGCUUUAUUAGUAUGACGUAGUUUAGUUUGUGAACUGAGUUUGUAACGUAAAUCGGCCACCUUAAAGAGUUUAGAAGUUGACAUUUCGAGCGUUAGCCGUCCAUAGCUCUGAUGAAGGGGUAACGCUUGAAACGUCAGCUUUUAAACUCUUUACGAUGGCCAAUUUACGCUAUCAACUCAGUUGAUAAUAUCAACUUACCCUGUUAUACUCUCCAACCGACGUAGCACCACAGUUUCUUUAGAAACUUACUCCCUUUCUUCAAUAGAAUGGUUUUGACAAUUUUUUUUACACUUUAUGUAUCAAAAUACAAAGAAUUUGUGGCAAAUGGAUUCAUGAUAUUAAAACACUUGAAAAUGCCACUUCGUAAUUUUUUUCGACGGGAAUAUGAUUACAGCGCACGAUGGAAAGGUGGGUGUAAUACCUUCGAAUACGCAACUUAUUUCAUGUCAUCUUAUUGACUUUAUUUUCUAUUGUAUGGACAGUUUCCAAUUGCUUUUACGUGUACAAAAAGUAUAACGUUGCUUGUGUUUGCAGGAAGCCAGUAAGCCAGAAAAUCGAGCACAGCGUCCCUGGAUAAUAACUAUGGCACACAGACCCAUGUAUUGUUCCAACGCUGUGGGUGACGGCUGUGAAAAUCACGAAAACGCUGUAAGUAAUUCAAGUGACAUACUGUUAUUCGAGCAGCUUCCAGUUAUCUUGAUUGACUUGCUUGUUCCUGGCUCUAACCUACUCAACUUGCAUUUUUCACUCAAUCAGUAACAUAAAUGAUAAACUUAAGAUUUCAAUCACAUUUAGGUGAUAUCGUCAAACCCAGAAGACUACGGGGAUAUGGUUCUUUUUUGCGCUGAACUCAUAAUAGCUGCGCGUGUCUUUAAUCUUUUACUCCUAGAAGUGAUUGACGUGUAACUUCUUGCCAGCUAUAAUAGCCAUACAUUAUCCUGAAAACUGGUAAUGAGAAGAAUUUGUAAGCUUGAUUUAACUCCAAGUUCUCGUAACUAAUUUACGAGGAAAUGUGCCGUAACUAGAGGGGAGAAGUAAAUAUGAGAUGUUGGGAGUUAUACGGUUACUUCAACUUUUGUUACUCUAGAUUGAUCUGGUCCUGAAGAUAACGCACUACACCAAAAAAAAAUAAUAUUUCUUAAUUCUCUUUUUUCACGCGCAGAUUUCUUUAUCACAGUAAUGUCGUUGCAGACUGGGUCGAAUAAUUCUUGAACAAAAGGCUUGCACAGGCGUCUUUGAGAAGUUCCAUUUUCGACAUACAACUUUGAUUAGUGUCUGAAUCUUUGUUUUGUAGAUAAGGACAGGAUUAUCGUCGGCGAAGCUGUUUCCUUUAGAAGAUCUUUUAUAUAGACAUGGUAAUUAUUUUGCGGAAACUCCGUCACAUUAACCGUAUUCUGUUAGUAUUGUUGUAAUCUUCAUUCUUUGGUUGACACGCAAUGGUCCAUCAACCUUAUAGCAAAGGAACUCGUGUAGACAUUGUAAGCAGAAUUUCUUCUAGAGUAGACAACAUGAAUUUUCUGCCCUAUAUAUAAUUAUGUGUAAUUAUUUAAAGCCGCCAGUAUGGUACAUGCAUGAGCUAUUGUAAACUCGACAGAAUCGUACACACAUUUUCAUCGGUUAUCACACACGAGAUAUCGAUGGACAUAUGCAUAGAUGAGGUCAUUAUCGGCAACUUUAUCUUGCAUGUAAUUUUUUACUUGUCUUUUUUGUUAUCCAAGCUUUUGCUAUCGUUUUAUUAUUAAUCUAUAUAAUUUUGACAUCACUUAGCUAUGUUAAUAGACAGACUCACGGCAACACGGAAUGUUUAGCAAGCUUUUCUUCAAUUUUUCUCCUUUCUUUUUGAUAUAAUUGUUAGGGGUGGAUGUAGAGUUUUGGGCUCACGAACAUUCCUAUGAGCGCCUUUAUCCAGUGUAUAAUCAUCAGGUAGAUCUUAGACCACAUGACUGUUUAAUUUAUGUCAAUCAGUAACUUGUAAGUAAAAACAUUUCUUUUAGCAGGUCUUAAUACUAUUGCUUCACGCACGUAUGACGGAACUCACAGUAUUAACUCAACAACAGAGCAUAUAUGAUUCAAAUUAGUAUGUUUACGUAAUCCACACAAAAUCCAUAUAAAGAAACGUAAUUCUCGGGUCACGCAGUGAUGACGCAGAAACGUUACCCAAUAGUCGCGCAGUAUUGACAUAGAAAAGUUCAGUGGGACUGGUUCACGUCCGGAGUUGUCCUUUCGCCUAAUGAACCUUUCAUUUCCAUUCUCAUUCCAUUCCCGUUCCCAUUCCCAUUUCAUUACCGUUUUCAUUCUCAUUCCCAUUCCAUUCCCAUUCCAUUCCCAUUCAGAUAGUUUUCAGACUUUUUCUUCCCAUCUUAUCCUGGCUUCUUUGUUGAUUGUCUCAUCUGCAAGCUGUCUCACUCACUGACGAGUUAAGUAAUUGACCUUUGGCCCUGACUCCCUGAUUAACUUUUUGAUUGAAUUAUUAAUUGAUUGAUUUAGAUCCGGAGCGGUUCAAAAGAAAAGCCAUACACCAAUCCAAGGGCACCUGUACACAUCACCACGGGAUCAGCGGUAAGAAAAACAUUUUAAACACCAAACAUUAUUUCCUCAAUGACUUAACCCACUGAAUGAAUUGAUUCCCAGUCCUGUAUGGAGUUAAGUUUACAAAGCAGCAGUUCAAAUUGUACAAAGAAGUAGCGGUGGUCAAGAUUAAUGGUAAACGAUUCGUAAUAAUGAUACCCGACCCACCUCUUCCCCCUGAUAUAAAACGUACUGACCCAAACUAAGCUGGUUCAAGUCAGAAAUUGGAUGGUCCGCUCUCCUCAUAAAACAGCUUUUCUAAUAGUUUUAAAACUUAACAUUGAAAUUGAGUUAACUGUCCAUACAGUUUGUCCAACCAUCGCAGGUUAGAUCAGAGCUGAGAUUCUUACGUUCAUGAUAAGGAGGUUGUAUUAUACACGGUCUCAGUUUGUAAGCGGUUAUGAUGGACAGAUAACUGCUUGAACUUCUUUGAUCAUGAAAACAUUCGUGCACAAUCUUGAAACACCAGUAUAUAUUUAUUUUAUACAAAUUUGUUACAGGGAUGCAAGUAUUGCCAUGACAAAUUCAAGAGAGAUUACGGUCCUUGGACGGCGUUCCGCACACUAGAUUAUGGGUACACCAGGGUACAGGUGUUCAACAGCAGUCACAUGUCACUUGAACAAGUCAGCAUAGAUAAGGUCAGCGGUAGCUGCUGUAUUUCGUUAUGGACAUCAUUAUGUGAAGUGUGUGUGCUCGAUCACUUCAAUUAAUAACUUCGAUGGAAAGCAUUUCGUCUUGAAGUUGCAAAGUACAUUCGAUGAAUCGAUCACAAUAUCUAAUUCGCGAUUUAGCUCUUAAUGAUCAAGGAACGCCAUAAGCAGGAUUCGGUAAAAUCUUCACCGUCGUGAGGUUUGAUUUGCGAAAUACCCCCAAAUAAAGAAAAGGCUUAUGGCUUUGAACAGACAAAUGGACACUAUUGCAGAGAAACAUUCUAUUUACAUUCUUACUAGCUUACGCGAAGCCCUUCGUUAUCAGCCAUUCAGCACAAGCAUUCUUUCUCCUGUGAGAAAGUUUGUGGCCUUAAGCAACGCAGGACGGCGUCGCAGCGAGAAGUGUGCGAGGGGUAUGGUUCUGAUAAUAAGGUGCCAGACCCCUCGCAGACCUCUUACCGGCUCGAUGUGCUUAAGAAGUUCAGUUUACCCACCGGUGAAGAAACACACGUGAUGUAAUGUAAUUUCAGUCUAAUGUUUAGUAACAGUUUAUUUAAUAAGGGUGCCAUGUGAUCACCAGUACGUCCUGUUUGUUGGUUCUUUUUUCCUCUUAGAUCGUACGAUGAGAUCUCGGAGCUCAAUAGAUACUUGGAAAUGAAUUAUAACUAGUAUUGGAUGUUCUUUUAACUUCGAAAUAUUAUGCUAUUCAGAUAUAGCACAGAUUCAAAUUUCUAAUUUCCAUAACUGAAGAAAACUAAUUAUUUUGUUUUGUUCAACUGUAUCUUUAACCACAGGACUACCAAGUAAUAGACAGAAUAUGGAUCAUCAAAGAUAAACACGGUCCAGAGGCCUGGAAAGGAGGAGAAGAUAACACCGAGACCAGUGAGGAGACUGAUGAGAAAGUGUCGGAACUUCAUGUAACAUCUGUGGAGUGACUCGAAUUUCGGGGAAACCUGUUCAGACAGUUGAAGUCGCUUUUGCGAAAGUUUUUGCAAGGAAUCAGUUACAGUGAUAGAGAAAGUCUGCUCCGCUAGUUACCACAUGAGAAAGUUCGAGUAUUUGCAUAUCGCAAAAAUAUGAGUUUUGUGCUUGCUGAUAGUUUGCUAACAACGUCUACGAGGAUCAAUAGACUGGAUUUUUCAUUCCUACAUUAGGGAACAAAUUGUUCGAAAGAAUGCGUCGUGAUACGAUCAAAAUCAAAACAUUUCUUCUCGGAGGGAAGUUCAGGUCGCUAUCUCGUGGCAAAAUAUAUGUGUCUGGUGAUCUUUAAACGUUAAGUUUUUUCAGCACGUUAAGGCCUGUUCUGGUCAUCGGUUGAAGAUACUGCUUUCAACAACUCAAAAAUUAUAUCUGUAAAUUUGUGGCUGGUCCAUACAAAAUAGCUUUCAAAUCGUAAGGAAGUUAUGACCCCUUCUUACUAUAAAUAGUUUGCACGUGAUUUUUUGACGCACAACUUUAAAAUACUUUCAAGCUAAGGCGGACUAUUGAGAUUAACUAACAAUCGUGUCGCUGCUUCGUCGAGCUUCCCUUAAGCUUUAAAAUAAGUUUGAGGAUCGUUAAUGGGUACGAGUCAAAAACUGACUCAACACUUCUGAUUGAUAACAGAAGACAUCUCCAUAAUCACAACCUAGUUCUGCUGCGCCGCGCUGUGUCCUUCUAAAGAAUUCUUCUUCACCUUCCUUACUUUCUGAACUAGCUUACCC